AUGCAAUGGCUUGACUCUAGGGGACACGAGCUUCUUGGUCUCUUGCAGCAAGCUGCGAUGAUUUACCAGCGUUCACGCACUCGCACGAAUGAGUUAGCUCUUAAGCGAGCUGAGGAUAGAUUUUCUGACAUCAACGAGGACUGCAAGAGACGCUGGCUGGCUAAAAUCAAUCGAGAAAUUGAUAGUGUCAUUGAAUGUCGUCUUCCUGGAGAUCGUGAUAUUCGAAGGAGGCGCUGA